UGACUACCUCUUUAAACCAUUGGCGGGUGCAGGCUGUCUGCCGGACCAUGUGACCGCUGGCAAGGCAGCCGGAGAAGCUGCAAGAGAGGCAUGAGAGAGAGAGAGAGAGAGAGGCGCCCGCCCCGCAUCAGAGCCCCCUUCGCCGCAGUCCGGCGCGACUCCGCGUUGCCAGCCCAGGAGCAGCAGGCAAAGUUGAGGGCGGAGGCGACAGUGGCAGUGCGCGGCCGGGAUGCCCGAGGACGCCCAGGUCUGAGCGGGCUUCCCGGGAGCAGAAUGGUCCCUUGGCCGCCCUUGACGGCGGGUCCUGGGUGCGAGGUCUUCGCCUGGAGGAGAACCUUGUAGCCCCGCGGGACCCCGAGCGGGAGGAGACCAGACAAGAAGUCUGAGAGGUCCAUUGGCUGAUGCCAUUGUUCCUGCUAAUCAAAAAGUCCUGGUGCAUCAACCUUGCAAGACCUAGUUCCAUUCAACUCUGCCAACAACACAAAGUUUGAAGGACUACAAGCUAAUGAAGUGGACUGGGAUCUUGUGACUGAUGUUCACCAGCAUAACACUGGCAACAGAAGGGUCCUGAAGAUUGUGGGCUCUCUUCCACCAUGCCGCAGAACAUAUCUGGCUUCCAAGCUGCCUACAUCACCAUCGAAGUGCUGAUUGCCCUUGUGUCCAUCCCUGGGAAUAUCCUGGUGAUCUGGGCUGUCAAAGUCAACCAGGCCUUACGAGAUGCCACCUUCUACUUUAUUGUCUCUCUGGCGGUUGCAGACGUUGCAGUGGGAGCGCUGGUCAUCCCACUUGCCAUCAUCAUCAACAUUGGACCACGGAUACAUUUCUACAGCUGCCUGAUGGUGGCCUGCCCAGUUCUCAUCCUCACUGAGAGCUCCAUCUUGGCACUCUUGGCCAUUGCUGUAGAUCGCUACCUCAGAGUGAAGAUUCCUACACGCUACAAGAGUGUGGUGACACCCAGACGUGCUGGGGCAGCUAUUGCUUGCUGUUGGUUGGUUUCCUUCCUCGUAGGGCUGACCCCUAUGUUUGGCUGGAACAACCUGAACAAAAUGCGGAAGGCUCACAACUACAGCCAGUCGGAGUUCACUGUGAGCUGCCAGUUUGAGAACGUCAUCAGCAUGGAGUACAUGGUCUACUUCAACUUCUUUGUCUGGGUGCUACCUCCAUUGCUCCUCAUGUUUGCCAUCUACGUGGAGGUCUUCAAGAUCAUCCGCAAGCAGCUCAACAAAAAGGUUGCAUCCAGCUCAACAGACCCAGACAAGUAUUAUGGGAAGGAGCUGCAUAUCGCCAAGUCCCUUGCCUUGGUUCUCUUCUUGUUUGCGGUGAGCUGGCUGCCUCUGCACACCCGUAACUGUGUCAGUUUCUUCUGCCCCUCAUGCAAGACCCCCAGCAUCCUCACCUACAUUGCUAUAUUUCUGACACAUGGGAACUCAGCCAUGAACCCUAUUGUUUAUGCUUUCAGGAUUAAAAAAUUCAGGACCACAUUCCUGCAAAUCUGGAACCAGUAUUUUUACUGCAAAGUAGACAAGAACAUGAAUAAUAUUGAUAACACUGACAUUGCCAUCUAGAAAUUAAUCAGGUUUGGGCUGGCCCACAGUCUUCAUGCCAAAUCCAAUGGUUUAUAAGCAUCGCUUUCCUUGUCCAAAUGGCCUAGUUGGCUUCAUCUUCAUUGUAAGCAAUGCCUACUCCUGGGCAGAGCAGGCAAAGCCCAGAGCCUGUCAAGGGCAUUAUUUAUGACUAUUAGUAAUAUUCAUUGUGCCAUUUCAUAUUCUAGGAGCUCUCCAUCCCCCUCCUUUUUUAAAACGUGAAUCUUACAUUUAUGAAUUUAAAGGGGAACUAUAACAACCGGAAGCUGUGACAUCUCCUUCAUUCCAAUAAAGAAGAAAUGCA